AUGAAGAAGAUGGAGGCGGAGAAGGGCAGCAGGACUCCGACAGCCGACUGUGCGGUUCGAGAAGUAGAUGUCGAAGCGAGACGGGUAGAGUUCGAGCCCAAGGCAGCUGCAGCAUCGUUAGGGGCCCGAGGGGAGGUGCUGGGUACCACCGGGCCUGGUCGCCUGGGUCUCCGGGAGCCCAGGACGUUGUCGCUGUGUAAAGGGGGCGUGUCGGUGAAGAAGGAGAAGGAUGCACCAGUCCAGACAGCCCUGGGCCAGCGGGGGUGUCUGACCCGCCAUGCGGCCAAGGAGAACAGCACCCCGGCAGUCUGCGAGGGCAGCCAGAGCCAGCCUUGCACUUACAGGACUCGCAGGUCCACCAGGACCCUGGUAAAGGUCCAGGAGGCUGUAGCCGGGUCAGCUGGGGUUAAACUGGAGCCUGGGGGGCUGGAGGGCCACAGCACCGUCCCUGGAGGGGUGGAGAUUAAAACUGAGCCUGCUGACCUGGAGGAGUACCUGGGCCAKGGGCUGGGCUCGGAGCUGGGUGGAGGUCUGGAUGCCGGCUACACAAGCAGAGGGGUCUGUACCAGACGCAGCCAGCUCACCCAGCUCCGGCCCGAACGGACGAUAAAGCGCGAGGACUCGUCAUACGGCGAGCUGUUCACGCCGGUAGCGGUGGCCCCGGUGGCGGRCUCCCAACAACCCCGUCACCACCACAGUACUGCCGACACGGCGGACUGCGACAGGAUGCUGCUGGGCCUCUCUGUCCCAGAGCGCCACUGGGACCACAAUGGGAGCGAGCCCCUCCGGAGGGAGCGGGGGAAGGACAGGAACAGGGACAAGGGGAGGGAGAAACGCAGUAGGCAUAAAGGGAAGGGAGGUUACCGGAGCCACAGGGGGGACAGGGCGCAGAGCAAAGGGAAGAAGAAACAGCGGAUCACGCGCUACGAUGCCCAGCUGAUCCUGGAGAACAGCGGAGGGAUCCCCAAACUGACUCUCCGCCGGCGCAGAGACAGCAGCAGCAGCAAGACCAACGAGCCCAGCGAGCCAAUCAGCACGCAGCAACAGGCUAGCAGCACCACGACUACACCGCAGCCUACCGCCCAACCCCCGGUCAACUCCUCUUCGUCAUCAUCCUCCUCAUCAACGUCCAAGAUCAGCAUCAUGUUCAGGAAGGACCCGUCUCAGGACAGGGAGAACGGCAYUUCCUGCAGCUCCUACCACGUGUCCAAGCUGAACGGGUUUGGGCCUCCCGGACUCCACAGCACCAGCAGCUCCACCAAGCUGAAGAUCCAGCUGAAGAGGGAGGACGACGGCCGGACCCAGACGCACACCGACAACAGAGGGGACACGGAGGGGUGCGGUCUGGUGGUGGGGCCUUCGGCCUGGAAGCCAGGAACGGUGGGAGACACAGGGGGCACAGGGUGCACAACGUUGUGGUAGACGAGUCUUCGUCUGAGGAGGAGGAGGAAGAGGAGGAGGAGGAUGACGACGAUGACUACUUUGACGAUGAGUUUGAGGACGAUUUCAUUCCACUCCCGCCGGCGAAACGGUUGCGUCUCAUCGUGGGGAAAGACUCAAUAGACAUCGAUAUCUCGUCCCGGAGGAGAGAGGACCAGUCUCUGAGGCUAAACGCCUGAUAAGCUCUCUGAAUGGAGGUCGUAACUGCGUCCCAAAUGUCAAACUGUUCCCUAUGCAGUGCACUACUUUGUAUGUGGUAAAAAAAAGUAGUGCACUAGGUAGGGAAUGGUGCCAUUUGGGACGCAGUCAUCACUCCACCUUUACAUGUACAGAAAACAUUUGACUCACUAAUCAACUGUCCUGUUGAUGACGUUUAAAGAAGUACAGUCGUUUCAAAAAAACAAAAAA